GCGCAGCCCUCCUUCCAAUUGCUGGAGAGAGAGGGGGAGUGAGAAAGAGAGAGAGUUUAAGGCAGGCUCUGCAGUGGUGUUCUGGGCUAUUUCAACUUCAGGGCAACUUUAGAGAACUUCAGUUAUUUUUGGUUCUGGACGACAGCUGAGACCAGCCCAGCCUCCAGGAGAUGCUGAUGUGGAUGCAGAUGCAGAGGACGAAGAUUCUGUUAAUGAAGUGGCAGUAGAAGACAUCCGUCCAAGGCCACAAGGAUCCUCUCCAGUUUAUGAAUAUUCUGUAGAAGAAGAAUAUUUAAAGCUUCAAGAAGAAAACAAGAAGUUUUCUGCAGACAAAUCAAAACAGAGUCCUCCACAGGAAACAAUGGAAGUGACCCUGAAAACAGAAGUGGAAGCUGGUGCUAGUGGCUUUAGCGUGAUGGGUGGAGGAAAUGAAGGAAUAUUUAUUAAAAAAGUAAUUAAGGAAUCUCCUGCUUCAAAAAUAUUUAGUCUGAAAGAAGGUGAUCAGCUUCUAAGUGCUACAAUAUUUUUCGAUAAUAUCAAAUAUGAAGAUGCACUUAAGAUUCUCCAAUAUUCCGAGCCAUACAGAGUCCAGUUCAGCCUCAAAAGAAAAAUUGCUGGGAAAGAAGAGUCAGAACAUAUUCACUCUACAGCCCAGUACAAAAAGGAAAGAAUAACCCAGGAAAAAGAACUCAGUGAGAUCAUUCCUGAAGAAACACUGCAUGUUUCAGGAAAAAACAUUUCAGAAGAAGACAGAGAAACGUUAAUUGUAAGCCAAAGGGUAGGAAGGAGCAAGAGACCUAAAAAAGACAGAUUAUCAUGGCCAAAAUUCCAGUCAAUUAAAAAUAAAAAGAUCCUCGGGCACAGAAGAUCUCAUAGUACAUCAGAUGCAUAUGAACCUGCUUUACAGGAUAUUUCCCCUACAAGCACAGACACAGAAUCUCAAUUUCAACAAGAAGUACAUAUCAAAGAAAAAAAAGGAAGCCAAAAGAAACUGAAGUUCCCUAGCAUUGGAUUCAAAAUGCACAGAUCCAAACCAGAACCACAAGACAAGCAAAAAAAAGAAAUAAAGACUACACUGUUAUCUGAAAGAGAAAAAAUACAUAAAGAAGAUACCAGCCUGGAAAAUCCUGAAAUCCUAACUGUUGAAUAUACCACAUCUCCUGCUUAUGAAAUUAAAACAGGAGAGGUGCAAGAAGCUUUAACAAAAGACUUAAAAGAUAUGAAAAAUGGCAUUCCAUCUCACGAAAAAAAAUGCCCUGAAGUUGAAAUAAGAAUUAAAAAAGAAAAAGACACAGAAUCAACAUCAAAAUUUGCUGUACGUGGAAUACCUGCUGUAACAACACAGAUAUCAAAGCCCAGUUUAGAACCACCUGAUCUGAAAAAAAGUCCCACUGAACAAAUACCACAAACCUCCUCAAAAUCCCGAAAAAAGAAACAGAAAGGAACAGCAGAGAAAACAGAAGGAGAAAGUGGAAUUAACAUAGAUGUGACAGGACACACAGCACAAGGAUCUAUACAAGUAAAAGGUCUAGAGAUAGGCACUGCUAAAGCAGAAUUACACACAACAUCUGACACAAUGGAAACAGAAGAAAAACAAGCAAAAGACACACAAAUACUUAAAAUUCAGAAACCAAAAUUUGAAAUUGCAAUGUCUGAAAGAAAAGAGUCAGAGACAGAAAACACCAAACCAAGAAGUGAUGUUCCACAUUCAGCACCAGAAAAAAAGAGUGAUACAAGUUCAGAGGACAGCAAGAAUUUGGAUGUGACACCUCACAUGCCUGAUGCAGUAGCUGAAGUAUCUACUUGGAAAAUACAAAUGCCAUCAUUCAAAAUGGCCAAAACACAUAAAGCAGAAAUGAAAUUAUCAAGUGAAGAAAGACCAGCUGACUUGGUAGAUUCUGUAAAAGAGGCAGAGAUAGAAGAAGAUGGCAAACCCCCAAGUGAUAAAACCGUGCAGAUGCAUACUAGUGUGAAAACAGGAGAGAAAGAUAUAGAGGGAAAAGAAAACAAAUUCAGGCUAAAAAAGUUCAAAUUACCUACAUUUACCUGGACAACAACAAAGGAUGAAACAGAGCCAACAGAAGGUCAGGGAAAAGACAGGGAAGGAAAAGGCCCAUCACUAGGAACGACAACAAAACCAGAGAUGAGUGUAUCAGUAAAAGAAGUGCAGGUUCCAGCUGCUCAAAGAGAAAUAGAGAUACCCAAAGAAAAAAUAAAUGACGAUAUAAAAUUAAAGACAGAAAUGCAGCCACAAGAUAUAAAAAUGUUAGAGCUAACAACUUCCUCAACACCGGGUGACUUCAAAGAGAAGACAGGAGAAAUACAAAUAAAAAUACCUGAUAUUAACAUUAAAAACAGUGAAUUCAAUAUAUCAUCGAACACAACUGAAGAACUUCCUCAGCAAAAACAACUGAAUAUCAAGGCUCCCAAG